GUUUAGCGUUGAUAUUAGUCGGACGUGGGUACUCUCGUGGCCGCGUAUUUUAUUGGGAUUAAAUAUUGCAUUUUUUGAACAUUAAAAAUAUCUAUGCAGAGUGCCACUGCGUUUUUGUUUAUAAUAUAUAAAACGAAUGAAAUACAAUAAUAAAAAAUAAUUGUACUACAGUGAGAUAAUAACGUAAAGUGAAAAUAUAGCAACUUAAUACUAGUAGUAAAUGCGACUGUCAUUUACUGUUUUUGAGUGUUUAUUUUAAUGUCGAAUAAGAAAUUGUUUAACAAUUAGUAUUUGUGCAAAACGAAAUCAAUAUUGUCCAUUUAAACAAUUGCAAGUUCACAAUCCUAUGUGUUUUACUUUUUUUGCUAAAUUGGCAAAUACAAGCCACGGGAAAAAAGUUGUUUACAUAAAAAACUGUUUACCACAAACGAAAAAGCAUCGUUAAAAGGAAACCUUAAAAAUAAUGGCAUUUGUCAUGUGUUGUUAAUAAAAUACCAGUGAAAUAAAUUUGUGAACACGAAAGCAAUAAUAAUUAGAAAAUAUAACAAGCAAUAUGUGUUUGCUAUUUAUUUAGUGUUAUAAUAAAAUGAGAAAAUAAAACAUAAUUUGAAUGGAAUAUAAUUCAAAUACAAAGUGAAAGUUUAAUUGUUAUGACCAAAUAUAUUGUGCAUAAAUUGUUUGUAAACAAUAGAGGAAACACAAAUAUAACAAUUACUUAAAAUUAAUUAUUGGAAUAAAACAUUUUGGCGCUCGAUUUCAAUAGCACGUUUCAUUCAUUUCUGACCUUAACUGGAUUAAUUUGUGCUAAAGAAACAAAAGGAUAAGAUUGCGCAAAAUGUUAAGCAUUUCAGCAGAACGCCCCCAAACGGGAAAGUAUAAAUCCAACGAUAUGUUGCAACUCUAAAAAUGACUUGAAACAAACAUUAAUUUUAAGUGACUAAAUGAAUCAAAUGACCGACCUUAAAUCAAAUAAUAUUUCAGCGAAUAAAUCUGGUUGUGAAUCGUCAUAAAAUGGCUUAGAAUAAAGCAAUAUUCAAAAAUCAACUCAUAUAUACAUAAGUAAAUAUCUUCACUCAUACAACCGCGCACUCAAAUCACAUUGUAAUCAAAACAAAAAAUAUUCAUCAAAAAAAAAAUUUAAUUAAAAUACUCAUCUUUAGCCAUUUGCAAAGUAAAAAUACAUUUUUAAUAUAAAAUUCAAAAUGAAUUCAGUCAUUUCUGCAUUUAAAACCAAAAAGAAUUCGAGCAACAACAGUGCCGCCAGUGAAAAGCAUAAUGGUGGCGGUGCCAUGGCUCAUGGUCAUGGCAACACAAGUAGCGCCAAUUCUAAAAAGAAAUCUAUAAAUGCGCAGGAUAAUGGCUAUCAAUAUCUGCGACAUAUACGAGAAAUAGAUACUGCUACGAAAAUAUUGUCACCGGUCGUUGUUGCCGAUGAUUUUCGUCCGCCGUGUGUAGAUGUUGUUGAUCAUGCAGUCUCAGUACGUUUAACGCCCACAAUCGAAACACAAACGUUAUCAUCUGCCGCUGAUUGUAAUAUGAAUGGUGCAAAAUAUUUGCCAACAACUGCAGUCGGAAUAGCACAGUCAAUGCCAGCAACAGAAAAUGGCAAUUGCAAUGACAACUGUGAAACGUCAGCAACAGCAAUAACAACACCAUCAUCCGUAACAUAUUUAAAUGGUCAAUGCAGCGCUACAACUAGUCCAACACUGCAGUUGUUGGAUGCUGAUGAUGAUGAGUCAGAACAUUCGGCAGCUGCCUGUACAAGCAGUUCUAGUGAGCAUAGUAACAGUACUAUUAUACACAGUCCAACAAUACUAACACAACAACAACAUCAAACACAACAACAGCCAAGUCCAGCCAAAAGUCUGAGUUUGAGUCUGAGUAGUAAUUCUUCAAUGUCAUCAACUUCAGCAUUAUCAUCAAUAGCAGCAGCAAAUUUAAAGUCAUCAUCGUCAUCUACAUCUUCCUCUUCCUCAUCAUCAGCAGCUUCAGUUGCCAUUUGUAAUUCCGGUCCAAGUUCGAUAAGCUCAUCUACUAGCUUAGAUGUAACAACGAUAGCAGCUUCACCUACAGGUUCAACUGCUACUCUUUCAAUACAUUCAACAAAUGGUAUAACUGCUGAUACAAGUACAACAUCUACACCAGCCUCACCAACAAGUGUGGUGAAUAAUGCCUCCAGCAAUGGUGAAGAUUAUGUGCCUGCAUUUCUAAAAUCUGCGCCGAUUACUCUGCCCAUCAUUAUGCCAAAUGCUAGCAGCAGUUUAGCAUCAGUGCCACCACAACAUCAUCAUCAUAAUCAAUUUAAUGGUGGUAUUGGUGGUACGCCAGCCAAUUCUGCAGCAACAACACCAAAACAUGCACGUUAUUCCAAGCCACGUUUAAGUUUAAGUCGGUUUAUUAAUCAUUCUAUGCCAUCGGUGCAUGGACGUCCAAAUUUGAGUGUGCCUGGAGCAAAUACUGCAGCUACAGCAGGUGCUAAUGGCACAACAGGAACGAAUCCACCCAAGCGUAUAUCAACACAUCAACGAAAUUUGAGUUUAGAUUUUAGUGUAGCUUGUAGUAACAAACAAUAUCUUUACCGUACUACUGUAAUUACUCCUACUGUAACUACUCCUACUGUAACUACCACUACUGUAACUACUCCUACUGUAACUACUCCUACUGUAAUUACUCCAACUGUAACUACUCCUACUGUAACUACUCCUACUGUAACUACUUCUACUGUAAUUACUCCUUCUGUAACUACUACUACUAUAAGUACUGCUACUGUAAUUACUCAUACUGUAACUACUCCUACUGUAACUAUUCCUACUGUAACUACUCCUACUGUAACUACUCCUACUGUAACUACUCCUACUGUAACUAUUUCUACUGUAACUACUCCUACUGUAACUACUCCUACUGUAACUACUCCUACAGUAACGAGUACUACCGUAUGGUGA